GUCUACUACAGGAACAUGGGAGGGUCACACCCUCGAAUAAUGACGAAUACCUAUUCUACUGUUACUGAUCACCUAGUAAUAAUCUUGUAGUUCACAGUACUCAUUUUUCACCAAAUUCUUUUGGUGAAGGACGCUUCAGAAACGGCCAUCACUGAAGAGCAGACCCGUUUGGGUUCUCCACGCAUUCUAGACUCCCGAAGAGCUCAUGUUUUUUGGCUAGACCUAUGACCAUUUUCACUAGACUUCACUGCACGUUUUCUCAAGUAUCUUCUUCGUCCCUAAUGUGUGACACCUCAUCAUGGACACGCUACUUUAGCUAAGGCAUGACCAGCAAUGAACAGUAGUAAGAUAUGUGCUGAUUAGAAGGCUCACUUGUGCAGUGUGGAGGAUAACCAGUGCCUUACAAAAUGGGGUUUGGGAGUGACCUGAAGAAUUCACAUGAAGCAGUGUUAAAAUUGCAAGACUGGGAAUUACGGUUACUGGAAACAGUAAAGAAAUUUAUGGCCCUGAGAAUAAAAAGUGAUAAAGAAUAUGCAUCUACUUUACAGAACCUUUGUAAUCAAGUUGAUAAGGAAAGUACUGUCCAAAUGAAUUAUGUCAGCAACGUAUCCAAGUCUUGGCUACUUAUGAUUCAGCAGACAGAACAACUUAGUAGGAUAAUGAAGACACAUGCAGAGGACUUGAACUCUGGACCUUUACACAGGCUCACCAUGAUGAUUAAGGACAAGCAGCAGGUGAAGAAAAGUUACAUAGGUGUUCAUCAGCAGAUAGAGGCAGAGAUGAUUAAGGUUACAAAAACAGAAUUGGAGAAGUUAAAAUGCAGCUAUAGACAAUUAAUAAAAGAAAUGAAUUCUGCCAAAGAGAAAUAUAAAGAAGCUUUAGCUAAAGGGAAGGAAACUGAAAAGGCCAAGGAACGGUAUGACAAAGCCACAAUGAAACUUCAUAUGUUGCACAAUCAGUAUGUAUUGGCGUUGAAAGGGGCACAGCUCCAUCAGAAUCAGUAUUAUGAUAUCACACUUCCCCUGCUUCUGGACUCCUUACAAAAGAUGCAAGAAGAAAUGAUAAAAGCACUCAAAGGUAUAUUUGAUGAAUACAGCCAGAUAACCAGUCUUGUCACAGAGGAAAUAGUGAAUGUCCAUAAAGAGAUUCAAAUGUCGGUUGAACAGAUAGAUCCUAGUACAGAAUACAAUAAUUUCAUAGAUGUUCACAGAACAACGGCUGCUAAAGAACAAGAAAUAGAGUUUGAUACUUCCUUAUUGGAAGAAAAUGAAAAUCUUCAGGCAAAUGAGAUCAUGUGGAAUAAUUUAACAGCAGAAAGUUUGCAAGUAAUGUUGAAAACGUUAGCAGAAGAACUUAUGCAAACACAGCAGAUGCUUUUAAACAAGGAGGAGGCUGUUUUGGAGUUAGAGAAGAGAAUUGAAGAAUCUUCUGAGACUUGUGAGCAGAAGUCUGAUACUGUGCUUCUGCUAAGCCAAAAGCAGGCACUUGAAGAACUGAAACAGUCAGUCCAGCAGCUGAGAUGCACUGAAGCAAAGUUUUCAGCACAGAAGGAAUUACUAGAGCAAAAAGUGCAAGAAAAUGAUGGGAAAGAGCCACCUCCAGUAGUAAAUUAUGAAGAAGAUGCACGAUCAGUUACAUCUAUGGAAAGAAAGGAGAGGCUAUCCAAAUUUGAAUCUAUUCGUCAUUCAAUUGCUGGAAUAAUUAGGUCUCCAAAAUCCGCACUGGGCUCUUCAGCACUUUCUGAUAUGAUCUCCAUCAGUGAGAAGCCUUUGGCAGAACAGGACUGGUACCAUGGUGCAAUUCCCAGAAUAGAAGCUCAAGAACUGUUAAAAAAACAAGGAGACUUUUUGGUGCGAGAGAGUCAUGGGAAACCUGGUGAAUAUGUCCUUUCUGUAUAUUCUGAUGGACAGAGGAGACAUUUUAUCAUACAAUAUGUUGAUAACAUGUAUCGAUUCGAGGGCACUGGGUUUUCAAACAUUCCUCAACUUAUAGAUCAUCACUAUACAACAAAACAGGUCAUCACUAAGAAGUCAGGUGUAGUUCUGCUGAAUCCUAUUCCUAAGGACAAGAAAUGGAUUCUCAGUCAUGAAGAUGUCACAUUGGGAGAAUUACUGGGCAAGGGAAAUUUUGGUGAAGUAUAUAAGGGCACAUUAAAGGAUAAAACUUCUGUUGCUGUUAAAACAUGUAAAGAAGAUCUUCCUCAGGAAUUGAAAAUAAAAUUUUUACAAGAAGCCAAAAUUCUCAAGCAAUAUGAUCAUCCCAAUAUUGUCAAACUUAUAGGAGUUUGCACACAAAGACAGCCUGUCUACAUCAUUAUGGAACUGGUUUCAGGAGGUGAUUUCCUCACCUUUCUGAGAAGGAAGAAGGAUGAACUAAAACUCAAACAGUUAGUGAAAUUUUCAUUAGACGCUGCUGCUGGUAUGUUGUAUCUCGAGAGUAAAAACUGUAUACACAGGGACCUUGCUGCAAGAAACUGCCUGGUAGGUGAAAAUAAUGUGCUGAAAAUUAGUGACUUUGGAAUGUCUCGUCAAGAGGAUGGUGGAGUGUAUUCAUCUUCUGGCUUAAAGCAGAUUCCCAUUAAAUGGACAGCACCAGAAGCUCUUAAUUAUGGGAGAUACAGUUCAGAGAGUGAUGUGUGGAGCUUUGGCAUCCUUCUCUGGGAGACCUUCAGCUUAGGGGUUUGUCCAUACCCUGGAAUGACAAAUCAACAAGCAAGAGAGCAAGUAGAAAGAGGAUACCGGAUGUCAGCUCCCCAGCACUGUCCAGAGGAUAUUUCCAAAAUCAUGAUGAAGUGUUGGGAUUAUAAACCUGAAAAUCGCCCUAAGUUCAGUGAACUUCAGAAAGAGCUCACUGUCAUCAAGAGAAAACUCACAUAGUGACAGGAUGGCGCCAGACUCAGCCUUCAGGACUCUGUCCUCCAGCAGAGUAACAUUAUUGUUCUCAUUAACAAUGAAUUUAUACCACGUUACCUUCGACAGUCUUCUACCGUUAUUUUUUUAUUAACUGGGUGUUUUAAAAGUAUGUUCCACUUGUAAAAAGUCAAAGGCAAAUUUGUUAAAGAAAUAGGCAGUCCUACCAAGGGCUUUCUUAGCUAACCAUAGCAAUCCUACCAUUUCAGGCCAUUGCAAAUAGAAAAGCACAGGCUUCCAAGUGUGUGAAGGAUAAAAGAUCUAUCCUUUUCACACCUUGUUUCUGAACUUCAGGCACAGUUUGUGGGCUGCCAUCCUAUGCCACAGACCCUACUCAGUUGGUGCUAUAAACAGCAUUGGUAAUGCCAUGUUUGCAGGACACGUUCCAACCACAGCUGGCUUUCUCCUCUGCCAAAGCAAGAUUAUAUUUGUAAACAGAAUUUUAUAUUGGGAAUUAUUUGGACCUCCUGGGGUUUUUCUUUUCUUUCUUGCCAGGUAUAAGCCCAAUGUAAGAAAGAAUCAUCAUGCUCCUGCAUUAUUCGUAACAUUGUCAUUUUCCUCCUCCUUUGUCUGGGCAUCAGAAAACAAUGCACGUAGGCUGGGCACGGUGGCUCACGCCUGUAAUCCCAGGCAUGCAUGCCUGGGAUUACAGGCGUGAGCCACCGUGCCCAGCCUCCUCCCUCCUUUGAUAGGCCGAGGUAGGCGGAUCACCUGAGGUCAGGAGUUCGAGACCAGCCUGGCUUACAUGGUGAAACCCUGUCUCUACUAAAAAAAAAAAAAAAGCACACAACGCAUGAAACAUCGUCAGAGUUAGAGUUGAGGCAGUUGCUUUUCAAGGAUGUUACAGAGAGCUGUGAAGCAAGAAACAGAUUUGAACAAGAGGGUGGGCUGGAGAAAAGAGCAGCUAAAGAAAGAAUGAUUAUCAGAGUAAAGAAGAAAGUGAAAAUAUAAAACCACCUUAUCAGAGUUAUGCCUUUAUAAACACACAUUCACAUAUUCUAUUCUAAAAACACGUAAUACAUACUCUAUUUUAUGGUCUAAAUUUAUGAAAAAGGUCCUAAGAAAAGUUUCAGGAGUUCAUAGAGUCCUCGUAAUGGCAACAAAAAUUUUGAGAGAAACUGCAAAGCACAAAUCCACAGAAAUAACAGCAUACUUUCAGUUAAGCAUUUUCACCUUAGAGGGGGCAUUCCAAAACGUAAUUUCCUUUAUUUGUACCAGUUUUUAGAGCUGUCAGUCAGAAUUUCAUGAUUCCAGUUCACCAACACAUUCAUGUGUGUACAUGUGCGCACACACACACCACCAAGGUGCAAGACAGAAGUGAAUGAAGUAGUCUGGAAGUCAGGUGAAUAUUAAUGAGAAAUAUGACAUAGGGACAGCCCUCCCAUUUCUACUUCCACCUUCAUUGACCAUUAUACUGCCCCCUGCACAUUCUUACCAUUAGCUGACGGGUAUGCAAGCAGAGUGCUGAAGAUGUCUCGUGAAUAAAAUGUAACUCAGUUACAACUAGGAUUCUGUAUCUUAACUCUUAUCUACCGAACUUACCCCAUGAUCUGUAUAUAGUUGCCUCUCAGGAUAAAUACAUAUAUAGAAGAUGGUCAUGCUCAGGGCUAAGUAUGUUCUGGAAGCCUUUUAUAAGUUCUCAGGCCUGUGUCCUGGUAAACAUCACCUUAGUGAUUAUUUGGUCUGCAUUCACUGGAAGAGCUUAGGGAUAGAAAAUUCCUCCUGCCCUCUCCAGCUGUUUGCUGCCUGUACCAUCGCACAGAACUCACACCAGUACUUUAAAUUUAGAGUAUGAAAGAUAAUACUGAAGAGAAAAAUGACUUGUAUCUAUCAAUCAUUUCAAUCUCCUUGCAAAUUUCCUACUUAAUGAUUAGUACAUUCAGACUAAAGGGAACUUUCUUUUGAUAGCACAUACUAUGGUAAAUCAAAGCGCAAACUCAGAAGUGCUAUGGUAUUGAGGCACUUACCAACCUUCAAAAGUAAGAGUAAAAUGGGAUACUCCUACCCUUUUUUUUUUUUUAGUAUUUCUAAGUGACUCUCUGUAAUAUUCUUUGUCUGUUUAAAGAAAACAGCCUCCCAUCACAUAGUGGCUUCACGCUAAGCUCUAAGCAAGGAGAGAGAAUGAUGGUUUUGGCUUUAGUUUUAUGAACAAGACCUAAAGCUUAAUCCUGACAUUCUGGUGUAAAAAAUGAACACAGCAUUGAUAUUUCACUCAUCCAGGCUGUUAGAAUUUGCAGUUCACAUCAUUACUUUGUGCUUAAAUUUAAAAAGCUUUUCAAAACAUCGUGACAUGUGUAGCAUUUAAAUUCCAUUUUAUUCUUUGUCCUAAAGCAGGCAGUGGUAUAGUUCAGGAUUAAUAACUUAUUGGGAGUCUCUCAGUCAUAUAGAAUAUUAAAUUUAAUAUAGUCACAUGCAUUAAGACUUAUGCAAACAAUUUUUCACUGUUAAUUAAUUUUGUUGUGCUUGAAGCAUAAUUUAUUCAUCCCUUCUGUCACUGAUAAUUAUUGGAAUUAUGUACUUUAGGAGGCUAAUCCAUGCUCAAGAGGCACACACAUACUGUUCAGAAUAUGCAAGUUGAUGUAGGGAAAGGAAGAUUCAGAAAUGUACAAAAUCCUGUGAUUUGUUUAGUAAGAAAAGAGUUGUAACCAAAAUUUCUUCUGGUCUGGAUGUAAUUAGUCCAGUCACAAAUCUUUGUGUUGUUAAUGGAUUACUCAAGAUAUAAUCUCACUACUCCAUAGUUCCUCUCAUAAGUCCUUAAAUUUAUUAAAAUGGGGGGAGGUAAACAAACAUAAGCAGUCUGUCUCUCACUGGUGUCUUUCUACCUUGAAUCACUAAGGGGCCUUUAUGAGACAGUUUAGGUUGUUCAUCAUUUCACAAGGAAAGAAAUUUUUCACUGUUAAAUUAACAUUUAUUAUCAACAUGUGAAACCUAAAACUAAUUUUGUAUUCCAUGUAAUCUAAGGCCAAAGCCAAUAUGUUCUUUCUCUUCCGGGAAAAUAAAAUUGACAGGUUUUGUUUAAACUUCAGAAACUGAAGCUUUAUUUCAGCCUAUCCUGCCACGAGGUCUCCAGGGAAAGGUCUCAUGUAAUUGUUUCUCUUUUAUCUCCCAAAUUUAAUGUGGACAAUAAAAUUCUCCUUCCAUAA